UCGCGAGUAUUAAUCAGUGCGCGUGCGGGUCAGAGGUGAGGUGCAACACAUCAUGCCUCCGUUUGAGAAAACGCAACAUCCCAAACCUUUCAAACAGAGGAAGAGUUUAGCCACUAGGAAGCAAGAGGUGGCGGGAAUACGGACCAAGUUUCCCACAAAAAUUCCGGUGAUUAUUGAAAGAUAUCAGAGAGAAAAGUAUCUACCGCCUCUGGACAAAACCAAGUUUCUGGUCCCUCAAGAACUCACCAUGACCCAGUUCGUCACAAUCAUCAGGAAUCGAAUGACUCUGAUGCCCAAUCACGCUUUUUACCUGCUCAUCAAUAACUCUGGCAUCGCCAGCAUGUCUCUGACCAUGGCUCAGCUCUAUAAGGACUAUAAAGACGAGGAUGGGUUUCUCUACAUGACAUAUGCCUCACAGGAGAUGUUCGGACACUCUGAAAAUGUCAUGUAUGGUCAUAGGUGAAGUGUUGCGAUUGUUUUGGGGUACAGUGGGCGAAAAACCGCCGUUAAGAACUGUUUAGUAUUUAAAGUCUUGUACAUAGUGUUAGAUUUUUAGAUAUACUAUUGCUUUUUGUAUUGUGUAUUUUAAUUGUAAUAAAUUCUUUAAUUCUUGCACGAGUCACUGGAGGAGGGCGUCCGUGUGGGGCACAUGCCUUCAAACUGUCCUUAAAUAUGCCUGAGAAAUAAAAUUAGUAAUAAAAAUAAUUUAAUGCAACCCAAUGGUGAAAAAUAAAAUGUAAUGUUUGCUGCAUCAAAAUUUCUUGUAUUUUUAAUGAUUUAAUUUUUAGUUUUUUUUCAAUGGCUGAAGUUAACAAAUACUUGAACCAAAACAGAAUAUAGCUGUAGAUGCUUAUUAAAGGUUUAUUUAGAAAUUGUGCUUGUUUGUAUUUUUACCAUCUGAACUCUGCAUUAAACUUGGCAAGUAGCAAAGUUGUGAAAUCUGCUGUCGCCUGCAGGUGGCGUUCUUGUGCUGCUGUGACUGACCCUGAACAGAUAUGAGGAACAAUAACUGCAGUUUUUCUUUAGUUUUUAAAGAAUUAGGGCGGCGUUCUUUACAUAAGGCUGACUGUAUCAUUCUAUUGCUAUUCUAGUAAUUAAAGGAAUUGUGGGAUUGUUACUGAUGUGACCAAUUAAUACCGUCACAAUACCACUAUAGUUAGUAUC